AGGGAGGAGAGAGACCUACAGAGAGGAGAGGAGGACACAGGAAGUGAGGAGAGGACGAGAGGAGGAGAGGAGUAUGAGUGGCUCCUGUGUGUGGGUCGUCCUCUUGUCCCUGUCAGUCUCCAGAGGGACAGUCUCUGCUCAGGUUGAAGCCUGCAGGACAGCGGGACCUGUCGACCUGGUGUUCCUGCUGGAUGAGUCUUGGAGCGUGGGCGAGACCAGCUUCUCCACAGUGAAGGACUUCAUCUCCACCAUCAUGGCCUCCUUCCAGGGCAGCCCGGUGGGGGAGCAGGGAGUCCGCUUCGGGGUCACCGUGUAUGGAGACGUCCCAAGGAUGCGCAUCGCUCUGACAGACUACAGCACUCUGGAGGAGGUGCUCAAAGCUGUGAAGGACCUCCCCUACGAGGGCGGAGCCAGCAGGACGGGCGACGCCCUCCAGUUCCUGGUCGACUACGCGUUCAGCCCCUCCCUCACCCGAGACCACACCCCCAAGAUUGCUGUGUUGAUUACCAACGGGCGCUCUGACGACCAGGUGGAGGGUCCAGCCAAGGCAGUCAAAGACAGUGGUAUAUCUCUUUAUGCCGUGGGGGUGAGAGGAGCUGACGAAUCAGAGCUGAGCAGGGUAGUCAGCCCCCCCCAGGAGGAGCACCUGUUGCUAGGCGCCGACUUCUCCCUGCUGGACGCCUUUCUCCCCAGGCUGUCCCGGAGGGUGUGUGUGACCGCCUCCGAACCGCCGCGCCCCGCCAAACACGCCCCGCCCGUGGAGGAGCGUGUGUUGGGCCCCAGGGACCUCCAGGUUAGUGAGCUGGCCUACAGCUCCCUCAGGCUGACCUGGAGCCAGGCCACUGGGGACGUGACAGGGUACCGCCUCCUGGUCACACCUCGAAGCCCCAAGGGAGACCUCCUGGACACCCUGCAGACACAGAUCAAUCUGAAGGGUGAUGUGGGGACAGUCAUAGUGACAGAUCUGAGUCCCAGUACAGAAUACUUUCUCUCCGUCUAUGCCAUCUACCCUGGCCGCAUCGGAGACUCGGCCUCCGUCAUCACUGAGACCACUCCCGUGCCACGGGUCACUAACUUCCGUGUGAUCGAGCAGGGCCUGUUUUCCCUGCGUCUGGGCUGGACCCAGCCCUUAGGGAAGCUGCACGGAUACAAGAUCUUCAUUCCCAGAACCGACAGACCAGGACUGACCUACGACCAGCUGCUUCCUGGAGACGUCUCCACCCACGUGAUUGACAGCUUGGAACAGGAUAAGAAAUACACCAUCAGCAUCUACGCUGUGUACCCUCAGGGACCCAGCCAGACCGUGUCUGUAGUCGGGAAAACACUAAAGCUGGUCCCGGUGCAGCAGCUGCUGGUGCAGAAUGCCACCACAGACACAGUGCAGGCCCGGUGGCCGUCUGUGACUGGAGCAUCUGGGUACAGGCUAACCUGGUCCUCCUCAGACGGCCAUAUUGAGAAUGUCAACCUCGGGGAAACGUUUAACUUCUACAUGAUCCAGGGCCUCUAUGCAGGGAAGGAUUACGUCAUCACCAUCAACCCCAUCUUCGUAGACAUCGAGGGUCCCAUCACCUCCACCAGGGCAAAGACACUGGAGACCAGCUCUGUUCAGACUCUGAAAGCUACAGGAGUAAACACCAACAGCGCUGUCAUCUCCUGGAACUCAGUCCCUGGGGCAACUGGCUACAGGCUGGCCUGGGGGCCCACUCCAGAGUUUGUAGGCCGUGACCGGCCUCGCCAGCUGGCGCUGAACGAGAGCAGCACGGAGCACCUACUGAAGAACCUGGUCCACGACACGGAGUACGUCCUCUCCCUCUACGUGCUGUUCGGAUCUCUGACGGGUCCCGGCAUCACCGCCACCUUCCGCACCUCUCCUCUGGGCUAUGUGUCCAACUUCAAGGUGACCUCCUACACAAGCACCUCCGUUGAUGUGGAGUGGAGUCCCAUCGUAGGUGCUACUGAGUACAAGCUCACCUGGAGAGCAGACGCAGACGACAGCAGUCUUCAGUCUCACUACCUGGCCCGCGGCGUUCUGCUCCACCGCAUCGAGGGCCUCGACCCCGACACCACCUACAUCAUCAGCAUCCACGCCGUCUACAGCAACACGGAAGGGCCGGAAAUAUCCCUGUCACAGCUCACUGCGGCCGUCUCAGAGUCGGACGUCAUCGAGGCGGUGAGGGAGGUGAAGGUCCUGGACGUGGGGGUCAACUCCUUCACCCUCUCCUGGAAGAGAACAGCCAGGGUGUCUGGAUACAAGAUCACCUGGAGCCCCUUUCUAGGUGGCGAUGAGAAACAUCAGCUUGUCUCUUCCUCCAGCACCACCUUCACCAUUCCCAACUUGCAGGAGAGUUCAGCUUACAAGAUCCUGGUGUCGUCCAUGGUGGGGGGUCGGGAGGGGAGUCCAGCUGUGGUCACUGCCCGAACCUUGGACUUGCCCAAGGUGAACGGCUUUGCUGCCCUAGACACCACAGACAGCAGCACCUUCCUCAACUGGACCUGCGUUGAAGGGGCUUCUGGGUACCUGCUCUCCUGGAGACACAUAUCAGAGUUGGAAACCAAAUCGGACGUGCUUGGACCUGGUUUCACUUCCUAUAAGAUUGGUGGGCUACUUUAUGGCCGAACCUACAUAUUCACCAUCCGACCUCUCUACGGCGAAGUGGAGGGGCCCAUAACCAGCAUCUACCACAAGAUAGUUGCAAGUGCCCCUCCGCCUGUCCGUGUUGGGUCGGAGUCACCCAGCGCUGCCCCUGAGCCAUCUGUAGUCACAGCGUCCCGCACCAGAGACGCCUCUGCAGCCCAGACCACCACCAGGAACACCCGGACCCCCCUAGCGGUGCCUCCGUCCAACACAACCACCAAGAAACCCCACAGAGGAGCAAGGACCACCGUGGUCAAGGCCGAGGUUGCCACCACCGACCAGUUCAUCACGACGACCAGAGACGUGUCUCUGUGGGAGACCACUGCUGUUCCAGGGCCAGUUUGUGGAAAGGCCAAGGCAGACAUUGUGUUCUUGGUGGACGAGUCUUGGAGCGUAGGUGCCAACAACUUUGUCAAGCUGAAAGACUUCAUGUUCCGGAUUGUUACCUACUUCCCUGUCAUCGGCCCUCACGGGACGCAGAUUGCGGUGGUGCACUACAGCGACGAGCCUCGGGUUGAGUUCCCUCUCAACAAGUACAAGGACAGGAACUCCAUCCUCAGAGCGCUCAGAGGGAUCCGCUACGGGGGAGGGAACACCAGGACAGGGAAGGGCAUCAGCUACGUGCUGAGGGAGCUGUUCCAGGAGAGCCUAGGCAUGAGACAGGACGUGGCCCACGUGCUGGUGCUGAUCACAGACGGGCGAGCCCUGGACGACGUGGAGCCACCCUCCAGGAUAGCUCACGCUCUCGGCGUGAGUGUCCUGGCUGUGGGAGUGGCUAACGCAGACAUCGAGGAGCUGAAGAAGAUCGCCUCUCCCAGCAGCUACAAGAACAUCUUCUACGCCAGCACCUUCAACGACUUCCCCUCCAUCGAAAGAGAGUUCAUCAGCAACAUCUGCAGUGAGGCACUCCUCUCAGAAUUCAAACUACACGACGAGUCUACCCAGCUGGAUACCCCGACAGACGAUCCUGAUGAACUAACCAAACCCCAGGGGCCCUGUUCCUCCCAGUGUGUUAAAGGUCAAAAAGGUGAAAAGGGAGACGGCUCGGGUGUCAGAGGCCUGAGUCUGAAGCAGGGCAAUGCGGGGUACGACCCUUUCACUCUGAAAUCUAAAGGAGAGAAGGGAGAGAGGGGACUCCCUGGAACAGAUGGUGUCCCAGGGUUGCCAGGACGACCUGGUAGAACCGGCCCACCAGGGUCUGCUGGACAGAGGGGUACAGCAGGAGUUCCAGGUGUUAUGGGUCCUGCUGGUACCACUGGACCAAAGGGACAGAGAGGAGAGAGGGGGGAGCCUGGGUACGUUAUAGGGGGCAUGGACACACUCACCCCAGGACGGAAAGGGGAACCGGGAUCGUCUGGCCCCCCAGGCCCCCAGGGUUCCCAGGGUCCUCAGGGAGCCCCAGGUGUCCCCGGGGUGUCUGGAUCUUCUGGGCUGCCUGGACAACCCGGACCCAUCGGCCCCCCUGGCCUGUCCAUCAAGGGGGAGCAUGGAGAACCAGGAGCCAAAGGCUUGCGUGGAAAACAAGGUCUGAAGGGAGACCAAGGAGAGAACGGCAGAGACGGCAUGGCAGGUUUACCUGGACCAAUAGGGAUUGACGGGGUUCCAGGGUUCGCAGGUCAAAAGGGAGAGAGGGGAGAGGAAGGGAUCGGGGUCCAAGGGGUUCCAGGUUCUCCAGGAGAGCAGGGGGAUAAGGGACACGCUGGUAUAACUGGACCUCAGGGCACAAAGGGUGAGGCGGGCGUCCAGGGCGUCCAAGGAGCAGUCGGGCCCCGGGGGAAGAAAGGGUUGAAAGGGGAGCAGGGGAACAAGGGUGAUCGUGGAGACGGAGGGAGUAUGGGGCCUCGGGGACCCACGGGCGUGACUGGAGCAACAGGACCUAAGGGUGAUGAGGGACAAAGAGGAGUGCCUGGUGAUCCAGCAAAAGGGAUUCUUGGUCCAACAGGGAAAAAGGGAACCAGAGGAGAUGUUGGGCCGGUGGGACCUGCUGGACUUCAAGGGAUAAAAGGCCUUCAAGGAUUGAAGGGAGAAAAGGGCAGUCCAGGGUUUGGGAUUCCUGGACAACAAGGACCCAAGGGAGAGAACGGAGAAAGGGGAAAUGUCGGUUUGUCUGGGAAACCAGGGCCCAAGGGACAGGAUGGCUCUGGAGGUGUCAAAGGGGCGGUUGGUUUCCCAGGAAAUCCUGGAGCACCAGGACUUAGAGGUAAAGAUGGUCUAUCUGGCUUGAAAGGAGAUUCGGGGGCGAGGGGAGACCAGGGUCCCGCUGGGGAGGCUGGGGACAGAGGGAUCAGGGGUCCGCUGGGGUUACCAGGGCGACCCGGAGACCCAGGACAAAAGGGGGACUCUGGGAAAAUUGGUUUGCCGGGUGUUGAAGGCGUGAAGGGAGACAGAGGAGAACCGGGGAAGCCAGGCGCUCCGGGAGGGUACCCAUUGACUUCAGACAACAACGUUCUGACAAGGGUGAUCAAGGGGGAACCAGGAGACACUGGUCCGAGAGGAGAGACAGGUCUUCAAGGACCAAGAGGUCCUGAAGGGAUGCCAGGACUCCCCGGGAAAUCUGGGGGAGGUUCUGGGAUUGGCAGAGAUGGUCUGGAUGGGUUGCCGGGACAACCUGGAAGCAAGGGCGAGCAAGGGCAGAGAGGAGAACAGGGACGGACUGGAGAGAAGGGCGAUCAAGGCAGGAUUGGUAUAGCGGGCAUGCCUGGUCUACCAGGGACCCCUGGAAGACCUGGCAUUGAUGGGAAGAGAGGACAGACAGGAAAGGAUGGAGACCGAGGACUCAGAGGCGAUGACGGGAAAAAAGGGGAUAAGGGAGAAGCAGGGACUCGUGGGAAAGAUGGUGUCAAGGGAGAACCAGGCGUUCCUGGGACACAAGUUCUAGUCACACAGGAGGGUGCCUCUAUGGAUGACAUCAGACAAGCGUUCCCCAUGCCCAUGGGACCUCCUGGAGCUACGGGGCCACCAGGGAUGAAGGGAGACAAAGGAGAGAGGGGUUUAAAGGGAGAGAAGGGGGAUGCUGGACUUCCAAGCAAAGCACCCAAGAUGAAGGACAUUGAAGUCAUGUUUGAAACCUACGGCAUAAGGCUGCCCCUGCUGAAGGCUCUGAUUGACAGGCUGCUUCAGGAUGGCAUGGAGGAACUCCUGCACGACCUGAGCACCUCCAGGAGGACCCUGGGAGAGAAGGAGAGACAUGGCUCCAACAUCAUCUCUGAGUACACAACCUCAGUCAAGUAUGAGAUCUCCAACGAACCACGGUCUGAGAUGGACACCAUUGAUGUGGAGGUGGACUCAGAAGUGGACACUCAGUUCCCAGAACCCCCUUCUUCAGCUCUAAUAAAUGAAACAGUGGAAGGCCCCACAUUCUGGGGGGUCACCUCUAGAAACAGGGAACAGGACCCUGAAGGAAUCAGGACCAGAUCCAAUCAGGACCCUGAAGGAAUCAGGACCAGAUCCAAUCAGGACCCUGAAGGAAUCACGACCAGAUCCAAUCAGGACCUGGAAGGAAUCACGACCAGAUCCAAUCAGGACCUAGAAGGUAUCCGGUCUAGACCCAGUCAGGAUCUGGAAAGGAUCCGGUCCAGACCCAAUGGGACUGACACCAUGGAGGUCUUCAGCACAGAUCCCUCUCUCAAGGCUACUCUGACCAUGAAGAAUGCUACCUUCCAACACACCUCAUCUGAAACGAGGGUCUCAGGACUCCCUGAGGCAGCAGUAGAGACGGUUUUCCUCAGUCAGGAGGACUCCGUGAGCAAGACCUCUGGAGAGAAGAGGAGAAACAGGGAGCGUGGAAAGGGCAAGGGACACAAAGGACGUCACAAAAGACAAAGGCGACGCCCGACAAGUAAUCAGGAAGGGGAGGAGGAAGAGGGGGAUGAAUAUUACGAUGGCGAGGAAUACGGCUAUGUAUACGAGGAUGAGUUGUUCACCGACGAGCCGUUCCUUUCAGAAGAGGAGAGAGGGAAUGAACAGUUUGUAGUCACCACAGAAAGUUCAUCAGAUCUAAUAAGCAAAGAGGAGGAAACUGUCUCCACGGCUACAGCAGAGGAGACGGUCUCCACGGCUACAGCAGAGGAGACGGUCUCCACGGCUACAGCAGAGGAGACGGUCUCCACGGCCACAGCAGAGGAGACGGUCUCCACGGCCACAGCAGAGGAGACGGUCUCCACGGCCACAGCAGAGGAGACGGUCUCCACGGCCACAGCAGAGGAGACGGUCUCCACGGCUACAGCAGAGGAGACUCCAAAUGGAGCAGGAGAGGAGACCCUCCCAAUUCUCACUCCUCCUCCAAUCACAAUGGAAGAAGCGGAGAAGGCAGUUUCCUAAAUCCUGACUUUUUGUGACUAUUGAGCUGUAAUGAUAUGUAAGCAAAUGAAUGUUGCUUGGAAAGUAUGUAUAAACUGUGAAGCGUAUCGCUGGUGAUGAGCUGCUUGCCCCGAACUUGACCAGAGUAACAUGAGGAGGAAGUCUUUUCCGUCGCGCAAUGAUGAUGUCACUCGCCCAGGUCAACGCCCAUGACAGGAAUCAUGCCUUUCACCAGGUGUCUGUUAGCAUGUGGUAUAGAGGGUAAUUUUUCAAGAGAAAUUUAACAUUAAAGUAACAUUUGAACAUAACACAUCAAGUCAAAUGUUAUGCACAUUCGAAAUUCCAACCAUUGGAUGUUUGUUGCAUUUAAUUGUAGCUUUACUUUGCAUAAUUUUAUUUAUUUAUUACAGACCAAACUUUUUUUUCCUCCCAGCUUCACUAGUUCUCAUUAAGGUAUACCUAUUAUUUUUCGCCUAACUCAGUUUCCUGAUAUUAGUUUAUAUCUGCAGAACUCAAUCCAUCAUCUAAAACAUAUUUAUUAAAAACUUGGGAAAAGA